CUGGUGGCGGCCGUAGAAAUGGGGAGCUGAGAGGGGCUGGCGCAGAUGCGGCGCUGGGUGGCGGGGCGAUGCGAUGCGAUGCGCGCCUUGAUCGCUGCGGCGGGCUUUGCUGAGAGGCGCUGGAGGUCAGGCUGCCCGGCGGCCCGGGUCAGCUGAGACUCAGGUCCCCCGAGCCCCUCCAGGCGGUUCUUUCCUCCGGCCCGUUUAAGUCCGCGAUGGAACAAGCGUCUCUGCUCAGCUUUGUUUUCCUGCUGUGCCUUGCUCUGGUGACGUGUCGUUGCCCUCUGCAGUGUCUUUGCCCCCCCAGCCCACCCCAUUGUGCUCCCGGGGUCAGCAUGGUGCUCGAUGGCUGCGGGUGCUGCAAAGUCUGUGCCAGGCAGCUGAACGAGGACUGCAGCAAGCACUGGCUGUGUGACCCCCACAGGGGGCUGGAAUGCAACUUUGGAGCGGACCCAUUGGCCAGCAAGGGCAUCUGUCGGGCCAAACAGGAAGGCCGGACGUGCCAAUACAACGGUCGGAUCUACCAGAACGGUGAGAACUUCCAGCCCAGCUGCAAGCACCAGUGUAGCUGCAUUGAUGGUGCCAUCGGCUGCCUGCCCCUCUGCUCCCUGAAGAUGCCCCUGGCCUCCCUCAGCUGCCCUGACCCACAGCUGCUCAAGGUGCCUGGCCAGUGCUGCAAGAAGUUUGUGUGCGGCAAGGGGGCCAAGAGGUUUGGGGAGGUCUCCUUUGAGGGCAGGGAGACCAACAGCAACGAGUUCAUCUAUGUGGGCAAGGAUGGGCACUGGAAGAACCUGCCAGCCUGGACACCUCUGUUCAAGGCCCAUUCAGUGCUGAGGAAAUGCCUAACCCAGACUACGGACUGGUCUCCCUGCUCCAAGACCUGUGGCCUGGGUGCCUCCACCCGGGUCACCAACAACAACCCCCAGUGCAAACCGGCCAAGGAGACGCAACUGUGUCAGAUCCGACCCUGCGGCCAGCCUGACUUCACCAAGCUGAAGAAGGGCAGGAAGUGUCUCCGGACCUGGAAGGCGCAGGAAUCAGUGCAUUAUACCUACGCCGGCUGCAAGAGCCUCCGCAAGUACCAGCCCAGCUACUGCGGCUCAUGCCUGGAUGGGCGCUGCUGCGUGCCCCUGCGCACCCGCACCCUGGCCAUGCCCUUCCACUGCCCCGAUGGGGACUCCUUCACGCGCAGCAUCAUGGUGAUCCACUCGUGCCAGUGUGGGCCGGCUCACUGCCAGCCCCUCAACGAGGCUGCCAUUCAUCCCCAGCAUCGGCUAGAUGGAGACACACACAAGUUCCUGGAGUGAGCAGUGCUGGCAGCCCAGAGUGGGCAAGGUCCUGGUGAUGGUGUGGCAGAAGGGAUGCCCCCCUGCUCAAAGGACACUUUAAGGACUUGGAUCUCAGCCCUAGAUUGGGGGUCUCUAAGCUGAUGGGUGGAGGGCAGGCCUAGGGAGCUAUUGACCCACAUGGUAGCCCCUUUCUAGCCUGUAUUUCCACUCCUGUCCCCUCCACUUCCUAUCCCAUGGUUCCUCUUUCCACCUGUGCCCCUUCCUGUGUCCCACUUCCA